UUCCGUCCCAGAUGAGUGUCAGUCAGUCAGUCAGUCGGUGACGGACAUCAGAACCGGAGCAGCACCGGAUCAUGCGCGCGCUCACGGCCUCCUGACAGCUGCACGCGGCUCGGUUCCGGUGUCGGCGAGCGAGAUGGACGGAGGCGAGAGGAAGGAUGUGAAGCUCUCUGCUGAAGUAGAACCGUUUAUCCCUCAGAAGAAAGGUGCUGAAGCUUCAUUGUUACCCAUGAGUCUGUGCGGUGAGGGUGGAGCUGAGCCCACACAAAUCCCCUCCUACCUGAUCACCUGCUACCCCUUCGUACAGGAGAAUCAGAACAACAGUCGGCAGCUGCCCAUGUAUAACGGAGAUCACCGCUGGCAGCAGCUCAACCCGAGCCCCGGGUACCUGGCGUACCCCAUCCUGUCGUCCCCGCAGCCCCCCGUCGCCAGCGAUUACGCCACGUACUACCACGCCAUCAUGCCCACGCCCUGCCCUCCCGUCAUGGGCUUCUACCAGCCCUUCCCGGGGCCGUACGCGGGGCCGCUGCAGGCCGGUGUGCUCAACCCCGUGUCCGACUGCAGCGAGCGGGCGCUGCCGCAGGGCCAGACGCAGAGGGGAAGAGGCGUGUCACGAAACCCCGUCCUGCACAAGCAGCCGAUGGCUCAGCCAAUGAGAGCCAAGCGUCCCGUGAUGCGGAGCGUGGCGGUACAGAAGGAGGUGUGUGCGGCCGGGCCUGACGGGAGAUCCAAGACGGUGCUGCUGGUGGAUGCGGCGCAGCAGACAGAUUUCCCCGGCGAGGCGUCUGGCAGUGCCAGAUGUGCGUCCGAUCAGACGAGUCCACAGCAGUGGAAGAAUAAACCUCGGCGCAGACGCACGUCGCAGCAGGAGUCGUCCAGCGAGCAGGGAGCCAGCGAGGCCGAUAUCGACAGCGACAGCGGCUACUGCAGCCCCAAACACAACCAGGGAGCCGCCAACACCUCCACUAAUCAGCACACGGCCACCACGGCUGUGGACGCUGGCGUCAUGACAGCUGUUAGCUGGGGGAAUGUAGCCUCACAGGCCGUCCAGAAGCCGUGGACAGACAGGAACACACUGUAUCACAGAGGCAGCAGAACACCUGAGCAGAGGAACUACACUCAGGACUUCCAGAUGAGCUUUGGAGGUCGUGCGGGAGGCCAGAGAUCGACUCCUUCAGAGACGCCCAAUACACACCUCACGCCUGAGCCACUGUACUUUCAGGAUGAGGACGAGUUUCCUGAUCUGGCCACAGGUGGCGCUGCUCAGCGGAGUAAACCAGAACCAGUUCAGCCCAAACUGCCCAAGAACCUGCUGGACAACCUUCCAGAGAAUUCCCCUAUAAGCAUCGUGCAGACGCCCAUCCCCAUCACCAGCUCUGUGCCCAAGAGAGCCAAGAGUCAGAGGAAGAAGGCGCUCGCUGCCGCUCUAGCCACGGCGCAGGAGUACAACGAGAUAAGCAUGGAGCAGAAGAAACUACAGGAGGCUCUGUCUAAAGCAGCAGGUAAGAAGAGCAGGACGCCGGUGCAGUUGGAUCUGGGUGACAUGCUGGCGGCACUAGAGAAACAACAACAGGCCAUGAGGGCACGACAACUCAACAACACCAAACCACUCUCAUACACAGUCGGGACAGUGGGCGCUCUGCACAGUAAAGAUGGCGGCGGCAGCAGUCGAGUGUCGGGACUCAAAAACACAUACACCCCCCCUCACAACAUCCUGGACUCAAGCGCCCCCCGCGUCAAGAGAGGGAAAGAGAGAGAGAUUCCCAAAGUCAAGAAGACCACCGCCAUGAAGAAGAUCAUUCUGCAGGAGCGUGAGGUGAAGAAGGGCAAGAGUUCUACUGAUCACAGCGUAUCUGGAGCCGACGAGCAAAGAGACACUCUGAGCUUCACCGACCCGCUCACACAGGAGCAGGAUGAGAACGGUCUGAGCAUGCCCAGUGAUGCGUCCCUGUCCCCAGCCAGUCAGAACUCUCCCUACAGCAUCACGCCCGUGUCACAGGGCUCGCCCGCCAGCUCCGGCAUCGGGAGCCCCAUGGCUGCGUCCGCCAUCACCAAGAUCCACAGCCGCAGGUUCAGAGAGUACUGUAAUCAGGUGUUGAGUAAGGAGAUCGAUGAGAGCGUGACGCUGCUCCUGCAGGAGUUGGUUCGCUUUCAGGAGCGGGUUUAUCAGAAGGAGCCCAGCAAAGCCAAAUCCAAGCGGCGUCUGGUCAUGGGUCUGCGAGAGGUCACCAAACACAUGAAACUGCACAAGAUCAAGUGUGUCAUCAUUUCGCCCAACUGUGAGAAGAUCCAGGCCAAAGGAGGUCUGGACGAGGCCCUUUAUAACGUCAUUGCCAUGGCGAGGGAGCAGGAGAUCCCGUUUGUGUUUGCUCUGGGCCGAAAGGCUUUGGGCCGCUGCGUGAAUAAACUCGUGCCGGUGAGCGUCGUGGGAAUAUUUAACUACUCUGGAGCAGAGGGUUUGUUCAAUAAGCUGGUGUCUCUGACGGAGGAGGCGCGGAGGGCGUAUAAGGACAUGGUCAGCGCUCUGGAGCAGGAGCAGGCCGAGGAGGCGCUGAAGAAUGUCAAGAAGGUCACGCACCACAUGGGCCACUCCAGAAACCCGUCCGCCGCCAGCGCCAUCUCCUUCUGCAGCGUCAUCUCCGAGCCCAUCUCAGAGGUCAACGAGAAGGAAUACGAGACGAACUGGAGGACGAUGGUGGAGAGCGCAGACGCUCCAGAGCCGCUGGACGCCGAGCCCAUCAGCAGAGCGACCAGCAAAGAGCAGCGCGAGAUCGCCACGCCGCCUCCGCAGCCGACGGCCGGUUCCAGCCCGAGCCCCGCGGCCGCCCGCGCGCCCGAGAGAGACGAGUCCCGCACGGACGACCGGCUGGAGUGGGCGUCGCAGCAGAGCACGGAGACCGGCUCCCUGGACGGCAGCUGCCGCGACCGCCUCAACUCCUCCAUGACCAGCACCACCAGCACGCUGGUGCCCGGCAUGCUGGAGGAGGAGGACGAAGAGGAAGAGGAGGAGGAGGACUACACGCCCGAGCCCAUCUCCGUGCAGGUGCCGCCGCUCAGCUCCAGAAUCGAGUCGUGGGUCUCCAAAACCUUAGAGAACCUGCAGCUGCGCAGACAGAGCAGCACGGAGGACGAGGACGACGAAGACGAGGAAGGGCGGCUGAGCGACGAGGAGGAGCUCGACUCUUCUGACCUGGCCGAACCGGCGGUCGACGACAAAGACGCUGCGGAUUCGCCCGCGCGCACGGGAUGAGAGGUCGCGGCGCACACGUUCCACAAACACUGACUCAGGAAACUAUAACGGACAGACCAACCGCUCACACACUCUCAUCUGCUCACACUUCACACGUGUGACUUUACGUCUUCAGAUGAUGCUCAAGCUGCUCCAGAACAGCACUGUAAAGCAUCAUAGCAGUCGUCCGUAUUCUUCGUUUUGACUAGGGUGAAAAACUGAUUUCACACUUUCAAAGUGAUUGAUGGCAAACACACCGUCCUUUCAUCAUCUAAUCAUCAUUUAAUCACCCUCACGUCAUUAAAAACAAAGAUAUUUUGAAGAACUUUGGAAACGACCAACUUUGGACCCCAUUGACUUCCAUUAUACGGACAAAAACAAACUAAUCAAAGUAUCUUCUUCUGUGCUCCACUUAAGAAAGCAAGCCAGUCAAACAGGUUUGCACCACAUGAGGGAGACGAAGUGAUGACAGAAUGACAUUUUUGGGUGAACUAUCCCUUUAAAUAGCUGUAGUGAGUCAGUGAAUCACUGAGUCAUAUGAAUCACUCUAACGAUGCUUUACCGUGUUUUCGUGAUUCUGCCCCAAAAACGAGCAGCUGAAUGUUUUUCAUCCGUGUUCCACUGAAGAAAUAAAGUCAUGUGUGUUUAAAGUGAGUAAAUGAUUCACAGUUCAGGUGAAUCAUUUCUACAAAUCAAUGAAGGAAACAAGCGUUCGUUCACUCAUUCCUCACACACGUCUGUUCUCGGUGGCUCAUCUGAACACGCGUUUGGUUUAACCAGGAAAAGCAAACGCGACGCAUUAACAAACGCUGAACGGCAGACGUCUUGAUGUGUGAUUUGUGCGUAACUAAUGAACAAAUGAACGAAUCCUGUGUAAAUAACCUGUUUAAAUGUUUCUAAUAUUCCGUCGUCUUCGGUUCUAUUUAUCUCGCUUGAGUUGGAAGUGAUUCGGAGGGCGUUUUGUUUGGCGUGCGUCUUCGGGUGGAAUCGUUUCUCCUGGUACUGAUGGGAUCGGUGGUUUCCUGCGAUUGUAAAUUGCUGUAGCGUGUUCCGGAGCUCUUGUCCAUGUGUGUUAGUACAGAACUGUCUUUCUAACCACGUUUACUCUGAUUUACUCUGCUCUUUCUCCUCCGUCUUUAGUCGAGCGCUCGAGAGGUGACGCCUCGUUCGUCUCCUCGUGAAGGAUUUCUGACCUUCUAACGGCGACGAUGUACAUUAAUUAUGGUAAACGCGUGUUCACGACUAACGCGAGGGCGAAAGGAUCCGCCGCUGGUGUGAAACCGUGUCGAUGUUCUGGAGCAGCAGGAUCUCGGUGCAAUAAGCUUCUGUAGCAGCGUUCGGUGCGGUGCUAACGGAUCCGUCUCUCUCUCUCCGUCUCUCUCUUUCUCUCUCUGUGUUUGGAGUGAUCUUCAUUGGCGUGUCUUUUGCACUAUGUACAUAAACGUGAACAUGCUUUGGUAACUAAUGUGAAACUAGCACGCAUCUGACGUGUGUUUUCCAGCAGUUCUGAUGGUGAAGUCACAGCGUCUGUACAUGCAGUAACUGUUCUCUGACUGAUCGUUAAUACAAUUAAACUGUUUUCAGUAAACUAUCUACUGUACCAUGUGUUUCACUGGUGUGAUCUCUCACUGCGAGUGUGUUGAAGUGUCAUUCUGAAAGUUUUGCAACCAUUUGACUCGCAUAGUGUGAGAAAUGAAUGAUUUUAUCCAUCAGGAAUUGAUGUUUCAUGACAGAAUGAAGUCCCGAAGCAACACACGGGAGGAAACCGAAGGUCCAGAGCAUCUCCUCAUUUCCCAGCGGUGACACUUUCCAUGCUUUUACUAUAUUGAUAUGCACUGAAUCACUGCUUGAAGAUGACAAAGCUUUAAGCUGACAUCAUAUUUGUGACUCUGGAGCACAAAACCCGUCUUGAGUAUCACUGGUAUAUUUGUAGCAAUAGCCAACAAUACAUUAUAUGGGUCAAAAUUAUCAAUUUUUCUUUUAUGUCAAAAAUCAUCAGGAUAUUAAGUAAAGAUCAUGUUCCAUGAAGAUAUUUUGCAAAUUUUCUACCGUAAAUGUAUCAAAACUUUUUUGAUUAGUAAUGUAACUUUGUAAAGGUGAUUUUUCUCAAUGUUUUGAUUUUUUUUUUUUUUU